AUGCCUUUACCUGAUACCUCUUUACAGAAGGCUCCAUUAAUUUCAACUCAAGCAGAACCUCACGUUAUAACACGAACAAAAGCGAAACAGCCGAACAGAACGACAAAAACGUCACAGAAGUUAGCGCUUUUUCCUGAAGAACAAGUUUCAGUUGUCGAUGAGAUAAAAGAUGAUAAAUAUAAUCAAAUUGGUCAAAUUCCGCAAGGAACUGCUCGAAAAGAGGCAGAAAAGUUUAGUAAACAAGAACGUCUUCGGCUUCCUCGUGUUACUGCUUAUUGUACUGCUUCUUCAUAUAAAAUGGAUAAUUUGAUAAAAUAUCUUCAAAGUCUCCGGAUUCGAAACAAUACUUCGCCUAAACGAAUUGAUGAAUGCAUAUAUACUCCAUUUGCUUUUCAUCCUCCCAAACCACCCUCGACAGCAGAUCUUUUAGGAAUCAAUGAAAUUUCACCUUCACAGGAACAAUCGAUUCCCGAAAUUUUUUAUUUUGAAUAUGGUGUAGUAGUUAUAUGGGGUAUGAAAGAAGGAGAGGAGAAGAAUUUAUUACACGAUUUGGCCUCUUUUGAAGACGAGAAAUUAGCCGCGUCUGCUGUUGAGACCGAAGAAUUUCAUUAUCAUUAUGCCGCAUCAUAUCAACCCAGGAUAUAUAAUGAUGUGAUUACUCUAAAAAAUCCUGGAAAUUAUAUGGUCAAACUUGCAAUUUCUCAUGCUAUCGCGCAAUCAGUUAAAAUGACUUUAUUCGAAGAAUUAAUUGAGGAUACGAUUGAAGCUACGAAACAUAUUCCACAGACGAUGGCAGAGACAGGCAAAGUUUUAAUGUCAAGGACUGCCAUUACAAGAAAAAUUGGUCAGUUGUUUAUAAUGCGAAUUAAUGUAAAUUUAGUGAGCAAUGUGUUGGAUACUCCUGAAAUAUUUUGGUCAGAACCUGCAUAUGAACCAUUAUAUACAGCAAUAAGAGGCUAUCUUGAAAUUUCUCGUCAGGAACUUUAUUUAGGUGAUUUGCUAGAUAUGCUUAAAGAGCAUCUUACGAGUUCUCACGGGGAACAUCUUGAAUGGAUUGUGAUUGUUCUUAUUGCUUUUGAAAUUGUAAUUGGUGUGAUUACUAUCUUAAUUGAUUUUUUUGCAUAUUCAACAAAGGAAGGUUUUUAA